AUGGCUAAAAGUUUAGAAACUAUUUGGAAAAACGCAGCCGUAGAUCUUCCCGAGUCCGUUUGUCAAUCUUGGUGGAAAUUUAUAUCUGAAAAAUACGAAGAAGAAGGAAGAAAAACUCAUAAUCACGAAUAUUUAUUGGAAAAAUGUAAAGAACUUGAUGAUUUUUCAUCCCUUAUAAAAAAUAUAAAGGCUUUUACCAUAGCACUCUUUUUUCAAUACUUAGAAUACAGUCCAACAGAUGAUGAUGAAUGUAAUGAAAAAAAUGUUCAGAGUUUUAUAAAAUUUGCCAAUGAAGCUGGAAUAAAUAAAGAUUCCAAUCUUUUUAAAGAAGUUAUUUAUCUUUUGGAAGGUUCUUCUAGUCAUUCAACAGAAGAGCAUAAAAUGGCGGGUGCUUACGGAGAUACUGAUUUGCAUUACUUUUUAGAUUUAGAUAUGAUUACUUUAGGAAGUUCAAAUAAUCGUUACGUACAGUAUACUAAAGAUAUACAAAGUGAAUAUUCAACACUCGAUAGUGAAACUUAUAAAAUUUUACGAAAAAAGGUACUUCAAAGCUUUUUAUUAAUACCUAAUAUUUUCGCUACAAAAAGAUUUCGAGACAAAUACGAAGCACAAGCACGAAAAAAUAUUCAAGAUGAAAUAAAAGGAUUGAGCUAA